UGGGAAAGAGCCCCAGGCAGUGACCCUGCUGUCAGCGAAACGGCUGCAGAAGAUCUCCAAUCGCCGUCCCGGGCAGAUGUCCCAGGUGAACGGCUCGUUCUCCCGACACCACGACACGUCCCAUGGAGAUCCCAGGCUGGGUCGGCCCCCCAGUUCGGUCUCAGACCCAGCCUCAGCCCAAGACAAAUCCUCAUCUCCAUCUCUCCUGCCGAAACUGGAGGUAGCGCCAUCUCCACACCUUGCAGAGGCAACACUGGAAGAAGACCCCCUAAAGGAAGAAGCUCCCCCUAUGCCCCAGAGCAACGGACCAGGGCCCCCCCAGGCCCCGGAAAGCACUGAACCUGCCAUUCCUUCAGAAGCUGUGACAUGCCAGCCUCAGGGGCUUCCCUCCCCAAGGGGACUUCCUGGGCCCUCCAGCUUUACCCCACUCUUGCCCAAUGGUGCUGGCCAUUCCCCGGAAGCAGGUGGCCCCAAGAGGUCAGGGAACGGCACACUGGGUGGCUCCAGAGCCCACCGGAAGCUACAGCCACACUCAUCGUUCGCCAGCCAGGGCAGCAAGAAGAGCAAGGGAAGCACAAAAUCAGCGGCUUCCCAGAUCCCCAUUGAGGCUCAGGAAGACUGCUGCGUCCACUGCAUCCUCUCCUGCCUGUUCUGUGAGUUCUUAACGUUGUGCAACAUUGUCUUGGACUGUGCCACCUGCGGCUCGUGCUCCGAGGACUCGUGCAUCUGUUGCUGCUGCUGCGGAGGAUCAGGGGAAUGUGCCGAUUGCGACCUGCCCUGCGACAUGGACUGCGGUAUCAUCGAUGCCUGCUGCGAAUCAGCCGACUGCCUGGAGAUCUGCAUGGAGUGCUGUGGGCUCUGCUUCUCCUCCUGACCCCUGGCCCCAGGAGAGGCGCUGGGGGGGACUGCAGACGGGGCAGGGCGCUCCCAGCCUAAACUUCUACCCCCUCACGUCCCCACUCCCCACUACGGAUCAAACUGUCCCCUUACCGAGGAUUCCACUGGAGUUGACUUGAAGAGACAACUCCAGUCUAGAGCCAGAGGAGGAGAUACAGGGGAAGCAUCAUAGCCAUCCCCUUCCUUUCGUCUCUUCCUCCUCAAACCCCAGCACCCUGGACUAAGCCUGGAGCCCCAAUAGGGAAGAAUCCCACGACUUAGAGACCCAGGAGUCCCAGUCAGUUAGUCAAUCAAGCAACAAGUAUUUAUUAGUCUAAGGUCUUAGGGGCCUGUCCUCUGCCCCUGCAGCAACAGAGCUGAGCACAGGAGAGCUGGUAGAGAAGGACCACCAGGGAUGACUCCAAGAAGGGACUCCAUCCUGGAAGUAAGCGAAGACCUGGCUCCCUGCGCUGGAGCCCUCGGGACCAGGCUUCAGUACACUGUGAAAGUCAAGGGAGAGGAGCCUCGGGGAGCCAGGACCCUGCCAGCCACCCAUGAUCUUGGGCCUGAGGAACUGGGGAUUGGAUGGGGCUCCCUAGAGCGUGAGCUGAAUGAAGGUGGUAGAGAAGGAAGAAGGGACAAACAGAAGUCCUGAAUUUCUCUACCUCUCACCAACCUUAGCCCCAGACUCUCUCUGACUCUAUCCCAGCCUCUGGGGCAGCUAAAUGUGAAGAAAAAAAAAAGAGACAAACUUCAUUUGGGGUAUUCAUCCCCAUCUCUCUCCCCCUCUUUACUCUUUCCUCUCUCCUGGGCUUUCCUUAGAUGCUCAGCCAAAUAAUGACCUAGGAGAGGAGGGCAAAGCCUAGA